GUCUCAAAACAACCAGAAAUAAACCCAAGGCCAGUCCGAAGUCCAUAAGGCAACAGCAAGUGCAACUUUACAAUGGACUCAAGUGCUAGAAUAUUUUUCUCCAAGUUUUUGGUUACCAAACAGAAAUCAAAGCACACAUAUGCCUUGGUGAACUUAAAACCUUUGGUUCCCGGCCACGUGCUUGUGGUACCAUUGAGACUUGUGCCACACUUGAAAGACCUCACCACGGAAGAGUCAAUCGACUACAUGUUAACCAUACAGUUCGUGCACAAAUUUAUCCAACACCACUACAAAGCCGAUUCGCUCAACUUAUCGAUCCAGGAUGGCCCGGAGGCCGGCCAGUCUGUGCCCCAUUUGCACACCCACAUCAUUCCGCGGUACAAAGCUGACGGAUACGGUGACGCCAUGUACCUGAUGUUGGAGAAGAAAGAUCUUGCCAGGGAAUUCGGCGAAGCCGCCAAAGACUGGGCCAUCAGAAGGGAGAUUUUCAAACAGGAGGGCACGUUUUCCAAGGUGUUGGAUGACAACCAAAGGACCGGGAGGCUGCAGGAGGUUAUGCUAGAAGAAGCUCUCAUGUUGAAAGCGGAAUUAGAGAAGUAUGGUGUGGAUCAAUGAGAUCGUUAAUAGGAGGAGGAAAGCCAAUAGAUCAUGUUAGCGUUCUACAAAAAUCGUAUCAUAGUACGAUAAACCAACAUUGUUUCCAUCCAAUUGCCUUUAAAGCCUGUAAAUAUAUUUGUAAAUGAGACCUUGCUAUCUCCAAUUUUACCACAUGCCGU